AUGUCCCGUGACGUUGAUUGUGUGAUCCCUAUUGGUGGUAAAACCGCACUUCCCCGUGGGUUGUAUUUCUGGGGUCAAAUAUUGCGGAGCCCCCUCGAACCAAGAGCCCCAGCCCCCUUCAGCAAUUUCAACGACAACACUGUCUUUGUUCCAGCAUCGAACUACACAAGCUGGCGUACGAUAUACGCUCGAACGCUCCAACUCGCAGACAAGUCCUUGAUAAUCUCCUGGGAAGAUUACGAUCCGGUUCCCGGCCCUCAGCAGUACUUCCCAAUCUACAAGUCCGACGACGGUGGUGCGACGUGGUACAACUUCACUCGGGUCUAUGACCAGGUCAACGGCUGGGGUCUUCGGUAUCAGCCGUAUUUCUACACUUUGGAGCAGAAACUCGGCGCCUACCCAGCAGGAACAAUUCUUCUCUCAGGUGUCUCGACUCCGUCAGAUCUCAGCCAGGCGUACAUCGAGCUCUACGCUAGCACAGACAACGCCAAAACUUGGAAGUUCGUCAGCCAUAUCGCAUACGGAGCUGGUCCAGAAACCGUCACCAAUGGAGACAAGGCUGUGUGGGAGCCUUUCUUUUACUUUUACAACGGCCAGCUCAUUUGUUACUACUCGGACCAGAGAGACCCGGCUCAUGCUCAGAAGCUCGUCACUGUGACGACAAAGGAUCUCAAGACUUGGACCAGCCCAGUCAAUGCUGUUGCUCAACCAGAUUAUGGCGACCGUCCCGGCAUGGCUACAGUUGCAUAUAUCAAGUCGACAGGCAAAUACAUCAUGACCUUCGAGUAUUGUGGCGGCCCCAGUGCCAGCGGCUGUCCAGCGUACUACAAAGUAGCCAGCUCUCCUCUCGGAUUUGGGAGUGUCGACCCCCAGCCGAUCAUCUCCAACGACUCGAGCAAGUUGAUCCCCAACGGUUCUCCGUAUGUGGUAUGGACUCCCAAGCCAGGCGCUACCGAUGGAUCCGGGAUUAUCAUCAUGAACGGCAACUCGCGCGAGGAAGUCUUCGUCAACGACGAUUCGGCGGGUGUCAAUGGAUGGAGGGCAGUGAAUGUCGGCCAGUGGUCUGCGUACUCCAGGAGCUUGCGUAUCAUCAGCUCUGGAGGGAAGAACAUGCUCUUGCUUGCGAAUGGUGGCAAUAUGGGCUGCAAUCCAUGUACGAACAACUUUGUGGCUGUCGGUGUUGUCGAUAUUCCCAGUUGA